UUGAAAUGCUGCAAAUGACCGGGGCCCGCGUGCAGUCGCCGCCCGGCUGCGCAAAGCCCAGCUUUCCAGCGGGGACACUGCAAACAGGGGACAGCAGCCUGAGCCAGGCCGUUGCUGAGAGCAUGAGGCUGUGCUGGUUGUUCGCCCUGCUCCUUGCCGUGGUGGGGGCUGCAGACAAAUGUGAGAGAAAUGAGUUCCUAUGCCACGACGGGAAAUGCAUCUCCUACAAGUGGGUUUGCGACGGGAGUCCUGAGUGCCCCGAUGGCUCUGACGAGUCCCUGGACACGUGCAUGUCCGCCACCUGCAGGUCAGAGGACUUCAGCUGUGGGGCUCUUGUCAACCGCUGCAUUCCUCAGUUCUGGAGAUGUGACGGCCAGAUGGACUGCGAGAAUGGCUCUGAUGAGAAAGACUGCCCCACCAAGACCUGUUCCCCGCAGGAGUUCCCCUGCGAUGACGGGAAGUGCAUCGCCCUGGAGUUCAUCUGCGACUCAGACCGAGAUUGCCUGGACGGCUCCGACGAGACACACUGCCCCGAGCCCUCCUGCGGCCCCUCCAGCUUCCACUGCAACAGCUCCUCCUGCAUCCCGAAGCUGUGGGCCUGCGACGGCGACACCGACUGCGAUGACGGCUCAGACGAGUGGCCGCAGAGCUGCGGGGGCCGCAACACGUCCGCCCGGCACUGGCAGCACCCGUGCACGGCCCUCCAGUUCCACUGCCGCAGCGGGGAGUGCAUCCACUUCAGCUGGCGCUGCGACGGCAGCGCGGACUGCAAGGACAAGUCUGACGAGGAGAGCUGCGCAGUGGCCACCUGCCGGUCUGACCAGUUCCAGUGCUCGGACGGGACCUGCAUCCACGGCAGCCAGCAGUGUGACAGGGAGUAUGACUGCAAGGACAGGAGUGACGAGCUGGGCUGCAUCAACGUGACUGUGUGCGAGGGCCCCGACAAGUUCAAGUGCCACAGUGGCGAGUGCAUCUCCCUGGACAAAGUGUGCAACUCCGUCCGGGACUGCCAGGACUGGUCCGAUGAGCCCCUCAAGGAGUGUGGGACCAACGAGUGCCUGGACAACAAUGGUGGCUGCUCACACGUCUGCCGCGACCUCAAGAUUGGCUACGAGUGCUUGUGUCCGAAGGGCUUCCGGCUGGCAGACCAGCUAAGAUGUGAAGAUAUCGACGAGUGUCAGGACCCCGACGCCUGCAGCCAGCUCUGCGUGAACCUCGAGGGCAGCUACAAGUGCGAGUGUGAGGAGGGCUUCCAGCUGGACCCCCUCUCCAAGUCCUGCAAGGCUGCCGGCAGCGUGGCCUACCUCUUUUUCACCAACCGUCACGAGGUGAGGAAGAUGACGCUGGACCGCAGCGAGUACACCAGCCUCAUCCCGAACCUGAAGAACGUGGUGGCCCUGGACAUGGAAGUGGCCAGCAACAGAGUCUACUGGUCCGACUUGUCCCUAAGGAAGAUCUUCAGCACGCGGAUUGACAGAGCGCCCACGCCCUCCUACAACACGGUCAUCGGCGAGGACCUCCAGGCCCCCGACGGGCUGGCGGUGGACUGGAUCCACGGCAACAUAUACUGGACCGACUCCGCGCUGGGCACUGUCUCGGUGGCCGACACCGAGGGAGUGAAGAGAAAGACCCUCUUCAAGGAGGAAGGCUCCAAGCCCAGGGCCAUUGUGGUGGAUCCUGUGCACGGCUUCAUGUACUGGACGGACUGGGGGACUCCUGCCAAGAUCAAGAAGGGGGGCCUGAAUGGCGUGGACAUUCACUCGCUGGUAACAGAGAACAUCCAGUGGCCCAAUGGCAUCGCCCUCGAUCUUUCCAGUGGCCGCCUCUACUGGGUCGACUCCAAGCUCCACUCCAUCUCCAGCAUCGAUGUCAAUGGGGGAAACCGGAAAACCAUUUUGGAGGACAAGAGGAAGCUGGCACACCCCUUCUCCUUGGCCAUCUUUGAGGAUAAAGUCUUUUGGACAGACGUCAUCAACGAAGCUAUUUUCAGUGCCAACCGCCUCACGGGGUCUGACAUCAAUCUGAUGGCAGGAAACCUGUUGUCCCCAGAAGACAUCGUGCUUUUCCACAACCUCACACAGCCUAGAGGGGUGAACUGGUGUGAGAAGACCACCCUCCCCAACGGUGGCUGCCAGUUCCUGUGUCUCCCAGCCCCCCAGAUCAACCUCCACUCACCCAGGUUCACCUGCGCCUGCCCGGACGGCACGCUGCUGGCCAAGGACGGGAGGAGCUGCCUCACAGAGAGGAGAAGGGAAGGAGAAAGAGAGGGAGAGAAACAGCAAUGUGUGGUGGUUGCCUCUCCCACGCCCCCUGCUGGGGACCUGACCCAUAACCCAGCCUGGGAUGACACUAUUCACGAAGGGGACCAGGAGAGGCCCAGGAGCGUGGGUGUGCUGUACAUUGUCCUCCCCAUCGUGCUGCUUGCCCUCCUGUGCUCCGGCACCUUCCUCCUGUGGAAGAACUGGCGACUGAAGAGCAUCAACAGCAUCAACUUUGACAACCCUGUGUACCAGAAGACCACGGAGGACGAGGUCCGCAUCUGCCACAGCCAGGACGGCUACACCUACCCCUCGAGACAGAUGGUCAGGAUGGAGGAUGACAUAGCAUGAACUGCUGCCUUGAGUCCUGUCCCUCCCCAGAACCUGCUGCUGGUCAAGGGCAGGAAGAACACUUUCUCCCCAAACCCUUGACCUUCCCAAAACCCUUCUUCAGACCCCGACACCCUCCUGUUCCAUUCACAGAAAGAAGUGGCCCAAAAGCACUGCUGGCGGCUGUAGCUCGACACCGGCAUCCAUGGGCCUGUCUGCCAGAGCUUGUUUUAUAUAUUUAUUCAUCUGGAAGGCAGGCGGCAGUGCACAUGGAAUGGGUUUUGAGAUUUUUUUUCUUGACCUUCUCUCCUCGACUGUCUCCUCACCUGAGGCACUGGUGGACAGAGGGACACCAAGCUGGAGAAAGCAAGUGGCUUUGAACACCGAAGCGCAGGUGCAGCCCCAGGGUCCCAGGCAGCUGCUGCACCCCUGACCUCAGGAGUAAAUGUGUUUACCUCUGCCUUGCAGGCCUCGAUGGACACCAGAGUAAGCUUUUGCCCUGCCACUGCAGAUCAGGAUGAAAUCAGUGUUUUCUAAUAAGCCAGUAGGUGCCCUCCCCUUAAGCCGGGAAAGGGACUCUGGCAUUGGUGUUGACAUGGCCAAAUCCAGUGCACCAGGGCAGCCCACUGAGCCCUUGCUCAUUCACCGAAACCUCAAUAGUUAUCCAGGGAAAGCCUGAGCCGCCCACUGCCCUUAACAUUUAUUAAGUGCCUGAGACGUCCAGGUACCUUGUGUGUGAAGUAAGUGGCCUCCAGCCUCUAGCAGCGUCCUUCAGCCCCCGGGGCAGCGUCUGGAGCCCAGCCUCGUGCCCAUCGCCGCCUCCUCCAGGUGCCCUUGCACUUUUCCAGUUCAGGCUUGUACAUUCUGUAACAUCUACAUUCCUUGCUAUUUUGCACUGUUUCCUGUUCUGGCCGGGGUGGGCUCCUAGGCCAGAGAGGGCCUGGGGAUGGGGAGGGGAGGAGGUGCUGUCUCAGGGCCUUUCUCCCAGGCUUCCGAAGCCCAAACUGUGACUAUCUGGCUAGUGCUUCCACUUCUAGGCACAAGCCCCUGAGCAUUCAAUCUCCUCAACAGGUAGCUGUCACGAUGGGUGUCUGUCUGACACGUGCAUGGUGUUUCUGCCUUAAGACAUCCCCUAGGCUCGGUCAUUGUAUGGGACUUAGGAAACAAGAAUGCCUUCUGAAGUUGUCACACGUCGUAUUUACAACAGGAGACUGUGGGAGGAGGCUCCCGUGACGCCCGUGCCCCUUGUGCACUACACGCCCACGGAGCCUGUGCCCCGCCAUAGGGGGCUGUGGAAGGAGUUCCUCUUUCUGAAGCCUGUAAAUAAAUCCCUGGAUGUAUGAGUGGGGCAUUUUAUGUUUGCACUUUGUAUGUUUGCCCAGACAUUUAUCAUUCAUCUAUAUGAAAACCAGAUCUAUUUAUUUUCGCAAACCCUGGGUGCUGCAUUUGUGUGGGGGCCCCCGAGGGGGUCUGCACUGGGGGUGACCAUCUGAGAGGCCUCGUCUUUCUGGACAGGUGACUUGUGCGGCCUCUUCAAGCGCGCCCUGUCCAUGUUGCCUAUGUGGGCUGCUUUGGGAAGGUUGGCUGUUGAUUUUAAAACACUGUAUACAAUGUUUUUAUAGUCUGAAUGUCUUCCUUGCACUGAUUAAAUUUCUUAAAUGAACCAUUUGGCUAAACCUGA